CGAGCGGGAGGCGAAAUGCUGGCGGCACGCACGGGGACCGUGGGGGGGAAGAGCGCCGAGGAGUCCCUGAAGCUGAGGAAGCAGUCGGUGCUUUCCGUGGGCAGCAGGGACAGAACCCUGAAGAGCUCCUCGGAGAGCGGGAAGGAGGGCCGGUCUCGGCCCGGGCAGCCCCAGCAGCGAGCCCGGCGCCUGGCGCUGCUGCGGGAGCUGGAGAUGAACUGGUACCUGCGGGUGUGUGAGCUGUCCCACGAGUACACCAUCGCCUACACCACCGGCAUGCCACACAGGAACCUUGGGAAAUCCGGGCUGAGAGUGUCGUGCCUUGGACUGGGGACAUGGGUCACUUUUGGGGGUCAGAUCUCAGAUGAGGUGGCCGAGCAGCUGAUGACCAUCGCCUACGAGAGCGGCGUCAACCUGUUCGACACGGCCGAGGUGUACGCGGCCGGCAAGGCUGAGGUCAUCCUGGGCAACAUCCUGAAGAAGAAGGGUUGGAGGAGGUCCAGUCUGGUCAUAACAACAAAGCUGUACUGGGGUGGAAAAGCUGAAACGGAGAGAGGCCUUUCAAGGAAACACAUCAUUGAAGGGCUGAAGGCUUCUCUCCAGAGGCUGCAGCUGGAAUAUGUGGACGUGGUCUUUGCCAACCGGCCGGACAACAACACCCCCAUGGAAGAAAUUGUGCGGGCGAUGACGCACGUGAUCAACCAGGGCAUGGCCAUGUACUGGGGCACGUCCCGCUGGAGCGCCAUGGAGAUCAUGGAAGCAUACUCUGUGGCCAGGCAGUUCAACAUGAUCCCACCCGUGUGUGAACAAGCAGAAUAUCAUCUGUUCCAGAGAGAGAAAGUGGAGGUUCAGCUGCCAGAGCUAUAUCACAAAAUUGGGGUGGGAGCAAUGACGUGGUCCCCGCUGGCCUGUGGGAUCAUCUCAGGGAAAUACGGCAACGGGGUCCCAGAGAGCUCAAGGGCUUCCCUCAAGUGCUACCAGUGGCUGAAGGAGAAGAUCAUCAGCGAGGAGGGCAGGAAGCAGCAGGGGAAGCUGAAGGACCUGUCGCCCAUCGCCGAGCGCCUCGGCUGCACCCUGCCCCAGCUGGCUGUCGCAUGGUGCCUGAGGAAUGAGGGUGUGAGCUCUGUCCUUCUGGGAUCUUCCAACCCGGAGCAGCUGAUAGAGAACCUCGGAGCCAUCCAGGUCCUUCCAAAGAUGACAUCCCACAUCGUGAAUGAAAUAGAUAAUAUUCUGGGCAACAAGCCCUACAGCAAGAAGGACUACAGAUCCUAAUGCAAUGCAUGAGCUCCCUGGACUGCAUGGUUUCCAAGUGCUCUGUACAGCAGUACAGCCCCGAGUUAAUCUCUGGUCAUGAGAAUCAUUCAGCACCUGCUGCUCGGUGUCUCCUGUCACUGGACCCUUCGAGAUGUGUGCUCUUGCUACUAAUCUGCAGUGAAAUCUGAAAGCACAGUUGAUCUCUCUUCUAAACGAGAAUAAUCUCGUAUUUUCUUACCUUCGACCGAAUUCAUUAAUUUUUACUUUCCUCUUUUUGCACCUCAUGCUUGUGCUGUGAAAAACACUUGUAAAGCAAAAAAAAAAAUUAAUAAUUUAUAACCUUCAGGUACUUGGUAAUUAAAGAAGGAUGUACAGAUCUAUUUUUUCAAUGAAGAAAAGCCAGAUACAACUUCAGGUUUUAAUAAAACCACGUUUGGGAAAUCUCAACUAUAAAGUUUCUUCAGGUUAACAGAUGGAAGGGGCAAGCUCAGACUUUGUUUGCUUUUAUAUGCUGAAUAUAAGCUUUAGAUUUUGUUUGUAGUUGAAUAAAAGCUGUAAGACAGAGAAUUAGUUAGAACUUAGAUAGUUCAGCUCCUAACUGUACAGUAAUUCCAGCUGUGGAGUGCUCCUGGGAAACAUCCCUGAGCAGUGUUAGGAAACCCAACCUCGCAUGUCAGGUUACUGAACCAACAGCUCUCUGCAAAAUUCUACUUCUCCAUAAACCUUAAACCAAGAAAGCCAUGAUUAAAUAUUGGGUUUUGCAUAUAUAGAAACCUGCCUCUACUUCUGCCUGCUUGUAGACAGAGCUACUGCAAAUUUCAAUAUUCAGGAGCUUUUAAGGAUAUAGACACUUAUAAAUAUAUAUAUAACUGCUGAGAAACUCCCAGGAAAAAUCAGGUACGUAUUUCGAAAGGCUACAUCUGCUUUAUUUUGGAAUCGGGGAUAAGUAAAUGCAUAGACUCAUUUUAAAAAGAUUUUUGUGAGCAUUUACAGGAGUUGAUAGCAAGGAUGUACAUAUUAAUUUGCCCAGCUGAAGAACCACGUUGUACUUUCCCGUGGAUUUGCUCUGUACGACUCCUGUGAUUUCAGUCUGUAUUUCUCAUGUCCUUCCUGGGACACAGCUCUGUACAGUAUUUGUAGGACCCUUGUACUUUAGUCCCCAAGCCCAGGGCUCACCUGGGCCAGGUGAGCAGCCCCCGGGGCUGAGUUGUCUCCUCCUGUAUUCGAAGCUGUGGUCUGUGUAAAUGACUCCUGCUGUAUAUGAGACCUGCAGUCCGAUGGAUCCUGCUUGGACACAAUAAAAGCAUUUUGUGCAUCUAA